AUGGCUGUAGGAACUGUUCUGAUUACCGGUGGUACCGGCUACAUUGGAUCUUUCACCACGCUUGCCUUGCUUGAGCAUGGUUAUGAAGUCAUCAUUGUAGACAACCUAUACAAUUCGUCCGAGGUUGCUCUCGACCGCAUCGAGCUCAUUUCCGGCAAGAGGCCAACUUUCUACAAAGUUGACCUAACAGAGCAAGAUGAGCUCGACAAAGUCUUUGCUGCUCAUCCCCAAAUCGACAGCGUUAUUCACUUUGCCGCGCUCAAGGCUGUCGGCGAAUCUGCCGAGAUCCCUCUCGAGUAUUACCGCGUAAACGUUGGUGGUACUAUCUCCCUCUUGGGUUCCAUGAAGAAGCAUGAUGUUACCAACAUAGUGUUUUCCUCCUCAGCAACGGUCUACGGUGACGCGACUCGUUUCGAGAACAUGAUUCCCAUUCCUGAGCACUGCCCUAUUGGGCCUACAAACACUUACGGAAGAACCAAGGCUAUUGUCGAAAACAUAAUCGAGGAUUUUAUCGGUGCGCAGCGCCAGAACUUGAAGAAGGCCGACAAGCCGUUUGAGCAAUGGAAUGGCGCUAACCUGCGGUACUUCAACCCGUGUGGUGCACACCCUACCGGUAUUAUGGGUGAGGAUCCUCAAGGCGUACCAUAUAACCUAUUGCCGUUGCUGGGCAAAGUUGCGACUGGUGAUCGGCCGAAAAUUCUAGUCUUCGGAGAUGACUAUUCAUCCCGAGAUGGAACUGCCAUCCGCGACUACAUCCACGUCGUCGAUCUUGCAAAGGGUCAUUUAGUUGCGUUAAACUAUCUUCGUGAACACAAGCCCGGCGUCAAGGCAUGGAACCUAGGUUCUGGCAGAGGUAGCACCGUUUUCGAGAUCAUCAAGGCAUUCAGCAAGGUUGUCGGCCGCGACCUGCCAUAUGAGGUAGUACCACGAAGACAAGGCGAUGUGCUAGAUCUCACUGCCAACCCGACGCGGGCGAACCAGGAAUUGCAGUGGAAGACAGAGCUCACCAUGGAGAAGGCAUGCGAGGAUCUAUGGAGAUGGGUGUCGAACAACCCGAAGGGAUACCGACAGGAGCCUCCAGCCGAACUACUAGCCGGCGUCAAGGAUACCGCAUUGCCAACUGCGAUUCGUGGUGGAAACGCGGCGAUUGUCGCACUUCUCAUAAGAUAUGGCGCGAGUGUAGCUCAGACUGCCGACGGACAAGAUGCAUUUCGACAGGUAUGCGCCAUUGGUGGCCAGCCCGAUCUAGUCGCGCUUAUUCUGGGAUCCGACGGACGGCCGUCAUUGUCGUGGAUGUCACAAUCCAUGGUUGAGGCAGCGAGGGUUGGGUGUCUGGGUACAGUAAUGCACCUCGGCCAGUCAACAGCAGACGGUAAUCACGAUGGUGCCGCCGCGUUGAAAGCUGCCGUAGCUCUCGGCCGGAGAGAUAUCGUCCUCGCUAUUGUUCUCGGUAAUAAACCACCAGCCCAACCCGGUCUUAACGAGGCGUUUGACCAGCUCAUGAGUCACCAAAACAUCAAUCCCAACGAAAAGAUGGCCAUGGCGGAGAUUUUGUUGUGCGCCGGGGCGGAAGGUGAUCUGGUAUCGAAAGCCCUGGUACAAUCGUGCGCCACUUACUUUCUCGAAAUGGUGCAUCUCUUGGUCUCUUAUGGUGCAUCAAUCGAAUAUCAGGAUGCGAUCGCUGUUCGCAAAGCUGUCUCAAAGGGAAAAGUCGACUUGGUAGAGGUUAUGUUAAGUGGGAAAUCUAGAUUCAGCUCUCAUUAUGCGUCAGAGUGCGUAGAGCUUUUGCCAAAAAAGUUGAGAUUUGAAGAACGUCACUCUCUCCUUAAUCUACUACUUCGUAAAGGUGCAUCCGGGGCGCCCUUGGAUGAGGCGCUAAUCGACGCAGUAGAAGCCGGCGACGUCGAGGCGGUUAAAAUACUUCUCACGCCGCUGUUUCCCGAAGGUAAAAUCGUCGGGGCUAAAGAUAUUCGGAAAGGUCCGCGAAGCAUGGUAUUUGAGAGACAUGAGAUUGCGUCGACAGAUCAUAAAGGUGCCCUAGCGUUGCAGAUCGCUGUGAAGAAAGGGGACGUAGCUAUUGCGAACUUGAUUCUUUCGAAUAAGCCGCCUAAUCCUGUUGCUCUCGCUCAGAUCUUCCCUAGCGUGCGGAAUCUACGCCCCCUUGAGCGGUAUCAGACCUCGGAGUUAUUUCUAAGAGCUGGACUUACUGGACCGUCGGUUCAUUCGGCCCUCGAGAACGCCAUAGACGAGCAACCACCGCACCGAGAUGAGAAGCUCAUCGCCCUUUUCCUUCGUUAUAAUGCAGAUGUAAAUUUUAACGAAGGUCACACUAUUACGGCAGCUAUUUCACAGAAGGAUGUCCGACUCUUAGAACGAUUGCUCAAAAGCAAGCCCACAAUCCAGGUAGCAGCCAAGGCGAUUCCUAGGGCUAUGGAAGUCGAUGAAGGCUCGAUACGGUUUCAAAUGAUCAACAUGCUCUUAGCAGCCGGUGCAUCACAGGGGGGACCUGAAGUAUCGGCAGCUGUCGAGGCAGCGAUACAGAUUGAUCUGCCAGAUAAACGACUGCUUAAAACAUUACUGCAGCAAGGGAAUGCGGAUGUUAAUGUUAAUGAGGGGAUAGCUGUAGAGCGUGCCGCGCUACAUUCCGAUCCGGAAAUUCUAGGAAUGAUUCUAUGUUUAGGGCAGCCCAAUGCUAGUAGCCUAGAACGGGGUCUAAAGAGUAUAGGAAAUCUUCCAAUGUCCACAGGUAAAACCGAAAAGCUAGAUGUGAUAUUACGCCGAACGCAGUCGAAGGAUACGGCCACCAAGCUGCUCUUACAAGAGGUGUUAGCUGUUUUAAAAGUACCUUCGCACGACCAAAAUUUCUCUUCAAUAAAAGUCCUACUAGCAAACGGUGCCGAUAUCAAUGCUAUGAAUGCCGAGGCGUUGUGUCGAGCGGUGGCCGCGGCAAACAUGCAACUGGUAGAGCUUUUAUUCACAGCCACUCCAACCCCUACUUCGAUGGCAUUUGCUAUGCCUCACGCCCUGCGCAUUCGUGAAUUGAUGGAUAGACUAACGUUCGCGCAAAAAAUCCUAGAAGGCGGUAUACCGGCAACUGAAGUGAAUAGAGCUCUCGUCUUUGCCGUCAGUACUUAUCCAGACGACAUACCGCUCAUCAAUACUCUCUUAGCCCGUGCAGAUACUCGAGACGGCCUGGCUUUGAUCGAAGCUGUCAAGGGAGAAAAGUAG